AUGGCUCAGCAUCAAGAGAGUCCACCAUGCUCCCAUAAUCAGUGUCCUCAGACCCAGGGCCUGGAGGUUGCACAGGUCUCCAAGGUGCUGGAGGAGACCCAUGUCUUCUCCCAUUUUCUACUGCCUGGCAAUUUGAAGGAGGCUCCUGAUGCUGGUAUAAUCAGCACUCCUGAGGGUCCUCAGAGUUUCUACGCAUCUUCCACUGCCAUCACAGCCACCACAUCCAGCAAAUCAGAUGAGGGCUCCAUGAUCCAAGAAGAAGAGCAUAGUCCAGGCAUCUCACAGGCUGUGCUAGAUCCAAAGAAUGUGCCCAUAGAUGCUCUAAAUAAGCAAGUGGCUAUGUUGGUCAGUUUCCUGCUGUUCAAGUAUCAAAUGAAAGAGCCGAUAACAAAGGCAGAUAUGUUGAAGAUUGUCAUCAAGAAGUGUAAAGACCACUUCUCUGAGAUCCUCCUGAGAGCCUCUGAGCACAUGGAGAUGAUCUCUGGCCUUGAUCUGACGGAAGUGGAUCCCACCAAUCACCACUAUAGCCUCCUCAUCACACUGGGCCUCACCUAUGAUGGGAUGCUGCACGGUGAAGUGGGCGUGCCCAAGACCUGCAUCCUGAUACUUAUCCUGGGUGUGAUCUUCAUGAAGGGCAACUGUGCCACCAGAGAUGAAGUCUGGAAAAUUCUGAAUGUGACCGGGAUAUAUCCUGGGAAACACUUCAUCCUUGGGGAACCCAGGGAGCUCGUCACCAAAGAUUUUGUGAAAGAAAAAUACCUGGAGUACCGGCAGGUGGCCAACACUGAUCCUGUGCAGUUUGAGUUCCUGUGGGGCCCCAGAGCCCACGCUGAAACCACCAAGAUGAAGGUCCUGAAGUUUCUGGCCAAGGUCCGUGGGACUGACCCACGUUCUUUCCCAUCUCAGUAUGCAGAUGCUCUGCAAGAUGAAGAAGAGAAAGCCAAAGCCAGAAUUUCAGGCAGGGCGUCUCCUUCUAUGGCCACUGCAAGUUCUAGUGCCAAGGCUAGCAGCUUCUCCUGCACCUAG